AUGCUUUCAUUGUCGCGCUUCAUACUUGGUGUCAGCCUGUACAGUGCUCUCGCCAGCUGUCAGACAACACCAUUCGAUCCACGCGAAGCAUCGAUAGCAUCGAUACAUAACGCGCUUUUCUCACGUCUAACAACAUGCCGGGAUGUUGUGACAGCUCAUAUCGCUCGCAUCGAAGCUUACAAUCCAUUGAUCAAUGCCAUAAUCACAAUCAAUCCCGAAGCUCUAUCGAUCGCGGACGAAUUCGACGAUGCACUCGCAUCUGGCAACGCCACUGGUGCCCUCUUCUGUAUCCCAGUCCUCCUUAAGGAUAAUUAUGAUGCUCUUCCCAUGGUCACCACGGGAGGCUGCGCAGCACUCAACGCGUCAACACCGACUCUAGAUGGGCCUGCCGUGACAGCCCUACGUCGAGCCGGUGCGGUCAUUCUCGGCAAAGCCAAUCUCCACGAGUUGGCACUUGAAGGCCUCUCAGUAUCAUCCUACGGAGGGCAGACCAUCAAUUCCUACGACUCGGCUCGUACACCUGGUGGCAGCUCUGGCGGCAGUGGUGCAGCCAUAGCUGCCUCCCUGGCCGUGCUUGGCACAGGUAGCGACACUGUCAACUCGCUGCGCAGUCCCGCCAGCGCGAACAGUCUCUACAGCUUCCGACCUACAUGGGGUCUGAUCUCUCGAGCUGGUGUUGUUCCAAUCUCAUAUACGCAAGACACUAUCGGCGCAAUGGGUCGUUCUCUUAUGGACAUUGCAACUGCUCUCACUGUGAUGGCAGGUGUUGGCUACGACCCUGCCGAUAAUGCAACUGCCAAAAUCCCCGCCUCGGUGAAAGACACUGACUACACGCUUGCUCUCUCACCGUCGAGCGCCCCAGCGCUAUCCAGCCUGCGCAUAGGUGUCUUACUUGGGUUCUUCAAUUUCACAUCUGGCCCCGAUGUCGAUCCCGUCAAUGCCGCCAUGACCCAGGUCCUCUCUGUCCUCUCCUCAUCCGGCGCCACACUCAUCAACAUCACCGACACCUCAACCUACAACGCCACAGCAAUAUCCUCUGCGAUGGACGUUCAACAACUCGAAUAUCGCGAAGCCCUUACAGCAUAUCUCUCCUCUUCCAACCUCACCGGACCUCGUCCUCAGUCCAUGCCAGAGCUCUAUCUGAACACUUCCGAGUAUCUCGUAAUCCCCAGUCAGUAUUCCUACGUCAACAACGCACUGAUCUCCUCCACUUCGAACUCCAGCUACGCGGCGAAGCAGCGCCUCAUCACAAACCUCACGACCACACUCCACAGUCUCUUCGCCUCCAACGACCUCGACGCGAUCAUUUACCCCGAGCAGAAAAACCUCGUUGUGCCCAUUGGCUCGCCGUCCCAAUCUGGACGGAAUGGAAUACUUGCUGCGCUUACUGGUAGUCCGGUGAUCACCAUGCCCGUGGCUUCAGUGAUCCGAGCGACACAGCGCCAAUAG